AUAUUAUUUGUUGGUAAAUUUAUAUAGAUGAAAGUAUCACUAAAUUGACCCUAAAAAUAAAACAAAAAGUUAUAAAUGGAAGUUAAUAAAAAAAACGAAUCUUUCACAGAUUUUCUUUGCCCAAUUUGCUUACAAAUACUUAUCGAGCCGGUACAGAUGCCUUGCAAACACGAACUUUGCAUGGAUUGUUUUAAACAACAUGUUUACAAUACGAGUUUAACAUGUCCUAUGUGUCGUCUGCGUAUUUCUGUUUGGGCUCGUAAAAAUACUAAAACAAAUAGUUUAGUUAAUACUGAUCGUUGGGAUUUAAUUAAAAAAAUGUUUCCUGAAAGAGUUAAACGAAGAUUGGAUGGUCUAGAUGAUCUUGAUUCCAGUUUUGAUGAGUAUUAUGCGCCUGUUCAUAUUAUAAGUUCAAAAGGAGAACUUCAAAAAGAAUACGAAGCUGAAGUCAAGAAGCUUCAAGAAGAAAAAGAAAAUAUUUUACAAGCAAACAUUCAGUAUAUUGAAAAGCUACAAAAAGAGGAAUACGAAGAAAGACUGAGACAAGAAGAAUUAGAUAGAGCUACUGCUGAAAAACUUCAGCAAAAAGAAAUGUAUGACUCAGGUAUUAGAUUAAAGUCACCAAGUGCACAUCAAGAACAACUGCUUGCGCUUUUUAAACCAAAAUCACCAAUGAAACUUCGAAAAAGAAAAGUCAUAUUAUCUGAUUGUAAUGUAUCUAAGAGGAAACAAUGCGAAUCCAUAAGAGAUUACUUUUAUGACUCAGAAGGUUCAAAAGCUCAGCUUCAGCCCUCUUUGUGUUGCACCAAUAGUAAAACAGAAAAAAAAGAGCAAAAAGAAGUUAGUAAUCAAUUUAUUAAGAAAGUUGAAUAUCAAAGCAAAGAAAACUCGGUAUCUGAUUUUAAUAUACUACUUAUGUCUGAAAACACCUGCAUAACUAAGUCAAAGGUUGACCAGAUUGACUCCCCAAAAAGCCAAAAAACUCUUAAAAUUACAGAAAAUAUUAAAAAUAGCAAAAAUCACAUUAAGAUUGAAUUAACAGAACAUUCUGGAAAUUUAAAAAAAAUUUUUUCCUAAAAUUCUUUUAUGCUGUUUCUUAAAUAAUUUAAUGAAGUUUGUCCAGUGUAUAUUUGUAUUAAAUAAUUUUAAGAAGUUUGUCUAGUGUAUAUUAGCUUGAUGUUGAUGAGAAAAUAAAAUAAAUAAUUCAAAAUUCAAAAUUAUCAACAAGAAUGAUUUUGUAUACCAAGAGCAUUCACAGCAAUAUUAUUUUAUUUUUGUGGUUAAUUAAGAUUUUAAAAAUGUCUUUGAAUGUAAUUGUUUUUACUGAAUUGUAUUUUAUUGUUUGCUUUUACAGUAUUAUAAUUUAUUGCUUAUGUUCAUGCCUUUCAUUAA